UCAACAAGAUGAGGAUGUCAGGUCUUUACUCCAUCUUGUUCGUCAUAAUUACUCUUACAUCUAUUCGCCGAAGGGAGACCAUUGAGGCAGCAUCAUGUCGUCAGGACUUCAGUCUGAAGUUUGCCUUCUGUUCUGAUAAGGGCUUCAGGUUUGUUCCUACAGAUCUCUUACCCGAUCUCAGAGGGCUCUUCCUAGACGAAAACUUUCUAACCACGCUUACAAAUGAGACAUUUGAGAGGUAUCCUAGACUUCGUGAGCUCACACUAGAUAACAAUAAUAUAUCUCGCAUUGAAGAAGGUGCAUUCAGCCCCUUGAAGAACCUGUUUCGCUUUUCGAUUGCAUAUAACCUGUAUGUUCCUACUCUUAAGAAGUCAAUGUUUAGUUCUCAUAGCUUGGCGGAUUUUAAUACAGCAUAUUCUAAUGUGAAGACAUUUGCAGGUGACAUUGUUGCAUGCUUAGCCCAAGGGACAGUCUUGAGUCUUUCCGGAAAUAACCUGCGAAAGAUAAACUGGACCAGUUCAAAUCUUCUUAGCGAUAUUUACCUUGAUUCGAACAUAUUCCGACAAAUUUCAAAAGAGUCGUUUAUUUUUAACAACAGUGUUAAUAUGCUAGAUUUGUCUAGAAAUCCGAUUGAAUUCAUUGAAACCAUCGUUAUCUCUUCGUUUCAUGUCAAGCAUAUAAUAUUGACGGAUACGGGCAUAGCAGUUUCUCAGGUAUCGAAUUUCUUUCAUGGCAUCAGAUUAUCAAUGUUUAUUAAAGGGUUUGAUUUUACAGGCGCCAAUUUCCACACCAUCCGGAAUGGAUUCUUUGCACCUCUCAAAGGAAAGAAUCUAGACAAAGUUGACAUUGAAAUGAAUAGCAUCGAUAUGAUUGAAGACAAUGGUUUUGAUGGUUUAGCAGGUGUAUCUCAACUUCAGCUAGGAUUGAAAAAUCUGGAAGAGAUAGAACCAAGUGUCUUUAACGGAAUGAUGGCUCUUCGCUCUCUUACAUUGGAUGCAAACAGAAUCCUAACUCUCAGUGGUAAAUCUACCCCAUGGAAUAUCUCACUCAUACAUCUUAACUUGGCAGGCAAUGAAUUCACAGCAAUUGACGACUCGGCAUUCCAUGGUCUUAAAACUCUCAAGACAUUAGACUUGAGUCGCAAUUUCAAACUUCAACGAUGGUGGGUCAGAUAUCAACUGUUCCUUCUAAAGCUCUGCUUCAUUGGAUACGAAGAGAUACACGACGAUGUCGACAGAGGAGAAUUCGAGUACGAUAUCGCCAUCAUGCUCGAUGAAGCCGAUGAUGAAUGGGUCAACCAACAUUUGAGACCAGCCCUGAUGGAGCGAGUUCCAGACUUCAAUCGAAUCGUUUGUGGUGAUGAAGAGCUCAUGCUUGGUAUGUACUACCUCGACGCCGUCCACUAUGCUACAGAAAAAAGCUUCAAGACUAUUUUCGUGAUCAGUCACGCUGCCUUACAGGACCAGUGGUUCAUGAUGAAGUUCCGAACCGUUCUCGAUCACGUCAAUGACGUCGGUACAGAGAAGAUGAUUCUCGUUUUCGUUGAGGACAUUGAGGAUGACGAGCUCCCUUUCCUAAUCAGACUGUUUCUCAGUGAUCAUCGACCGUAUCUGGUUUGGCCAGACGAUGAAAGAGGACAAGACUAUUUUUGGGAGGAGUUGAUCCGGGAUCUCACGGUCAAUCUCAGGUGCAAUCACCUGAUACCUCCUAAUUGA